AUGCGUACCUCAACCCCACUCAUUCUGCUCUUCGCCGUCCUCUUUGGGUCGGCCAUUGUCAAUGCUUUUGCUACCCGGCAGGUAUUCGACCCCAUCGCGGAGCUCAAUAUUGCAGACCCCAAUAUCGCAGACCUCAAUAUCGCCGCCCAAGACGCCGCCCUCGAAGUCGAAAUUGCCAAACUCCAGGGCCUCACGCGCAUCUCCAAGCUCCCUCCCGACAGCAUCUAUACCUUCACACAAGUAGCCGUCGACCCGAUCACCAACGUCACCACCUCCAUCACUCUGCACCGCACCGCCCACGAGCUCCUUACGCCCCUCACCCCCGCGCCUUCCACAGUUAGCAAGCGCGACGACCCCGAGUUCGGCGCCGUGUGCGAAACCAGCGGCGGUAGCCCGCAGGCAAUCGACGUGAUCAAGGCACUGGCCGACAUGAACAGAGAUCAGCGAGCGAGGUGUUGCCAGAUCACGCCGUUCUCAAGGUCGGGUUGCUAUACGAUGCAGAACCAUGGGACGGCAUCGGUAGGGAUUUGUGAGGGCGGUGGUGGUGCGAUGCUGGUGGGCGGGAGGUUUGUGUUGGGGGCGUUUGGGUCGGCGCCGCCGUGGGGUGGGGAGUUGGUAGUGUUCCAUUCUUAG